AUGAAGACCAGUGCUUGGUGUAUUCCACGGAUAAUUUCGAUUGCACCGGAUACUCCAAGCCAUUUGCACCCCUUGAAGGCAACUCCUGCUCUACUUCAAGAUUUGACGACAGGGUAUAAUGGCACAGGGUCCGAGCCUAAUGCGGUGAAAGUCAAUCUGUGCAGUUCGCACCACCAUCUUCCUUGGGUUGAAGUGCAUCGAACCGGCUUGCUUCACUUUCACAACGAUCAAGGGGACGAGGCGAGCUGCAAUAUUGAUGAACCUCUUGUCAAGGGCAAGUCUUGUACCAUUGGUAGUAUUGCGAAGACUUCGACGUCAAGCAUGAGACCUAUGCCAACUUCUUCUGACGCUACCUCUCAUGGUAUAUCAGCCAAAGCAACGGGAGUGACCACGUCUAUCUCAGCGGCCUCGUCGAAAGUUCCGGAUUCCACAACGGAUUGUUAG